AUGUUUGAUCUGGGCAUAUUAUGGGAUGAACAUGGCCUUGUCAGCGAUGUCAUUCCAUUCACUGCAAACUUCCCCCGUGCAGAUAUCCAUGAAUUGCUAUCGGGUGACCUCCUGCAUCAAGUCAUUAAAAGAACUUUCAAAGACCAUCUGGUGACCUGGAUUGGUGAGUAUCUGUUUCUUAUGCAUGGCAAGGAGCACGGAAAAGAGUAUCUCGAUGAGAUUGACCACAGAAUAGCUGCAGUCCCGUCGUUUCCUGGUCUGCGCCGGUUUCCGAAGGGCCAUGAUUUCAAGCAGUGGACUGGAGAUGACUCCAAGGCACUCAUAAAGGUCUACUUAUCUGCGAUCUCUGGUCUGAUGCCUCCGGAUAUGGUGCAUGCAAUCAGCGCCUUCCUCGAGUUCUGCUACCUUGUUCGCCAUUCUGUUCACACUGACGACACAAUUCAACAAGUACAGCAUGCCCUUGACAGGUUUCAUCACUUCCGAGUCAUCUUUCAAGAGUCUGGUGUUCGAGAAGACAGAUUCUCUUUGCCUCGACAACACUCACUGGAUCACUAUCCGAGGCAUAUUGAGAACUAUGGUGCUCCAAAUGGGCUCUGCUCUUCGAUCACCGAGGCGAAGCACAUCAAGGCUGUUAAGCAACUGUGGCACUGUUCAAGUCGCUAUGAGGCACUCGGUCAGAUGCUGUUGACCAAUCAGCAUCUGGACAAGCUGGGCGCUUCACGCGCUGACUUUGCAGCCUGA